AUGAAUACUGAUCUCGCACCUUCAUGGUUUUCUUUCCACUACAACUACCUCGACACGACCUACCGUAGACUUAAGACUUUGCGUGAACGAUUGAAUAUAACUACAGAAACUAUGUCCAAACGUGCUGCAUCCAAUGAUGAUGCACCUACCCCCAAGCGCAUCAGAAUUGAUGACGGGAAUCAAACACCACUAGCGGAUAAAUGGGCAUGGGCGAUUUUGGAGCAGUUCCUUACCACCGACAUGACGCAAUUGUCUAGUGUGCACGUUCAAAGUUCACGUAGAGUAGCCAAAUUAAAAAACCCCUACCUCGAUCUGGCUGCGGAGGAGGAGGAGGAGGAGGAGGAGGAGGAUGAUGACAACUGUGACCACAGCGGCCCCUCUGAGCUCUGGAAGGUUACAUCCUUGCCAGGGUCAUCAUCGGCUGCUAGGUUUGCUGCAGCCAUCAAUGACAUUACAAAUAGAUUCGAGGCGACACAGCCUAGUUCGUCGCAAGAUCGCCAAACUAUUCCCUCCUCGAUAUCCGACUUGAUCCAUUCAAGAAGUCCAGCUGGAUUACAGGACGGGAGGAUGUAUCUUCUUCAUGCUCAACAUAAGUCUUUCUAUCGAUGUCAUGUCGUGCUUCACUCAUCAAUGAUAGGAAAUGUUACGGAUUAUAUCGCUGCACGUCUUUGGAUGAAGAAUUUUGUCGUCAAGGUAUCAGCUUGGAUACCCGGCCAGCUUUACGUGGUGGCAGACAGCCCCAAAACCAUCACAAAUUCACUGACUUCAUCGCUCUACCUCGCUGUGAAGCAAUAUGUCCUCAUAUCGGACGAGGAACGUGAAACAGUCGAGCGUUCUUGUAGCAAGCUUCCCAACCCAGCGUGGGUGAGGAUCAAGCAUGGCAAGUACAAGGGCGACAUAGCCCAAGUCUUUGAUUCUGAUCUACUAAAUGACUUGGUUGCGGUCUUAAUUCCUCCACGAGAUUUCCCAUACCCCAUGCCUCGGGGAUCUUGGUCAUUACUCGACCGAUCCCGCCUUCCGAACGGGGAUGCAGUCUCCAAUAUCAAUCACAGUGAGGAAGUUGUAGGAUGCAAGUACAAAGGAGAGAUAUAUUAUAAGGGCCUCCUGCUUCACAACUUCCAUCGCGAUCGCCUAGAACGUGUCGUCUGCCCUCACGCUGACGACAUACAACUUCAUCUACAAUCCGGGUGGGACCAGUCGUUCCUCAAGAGCACUGUGGUUGCAUUUUCGAUGCAGUUCUUGCACGUAGGUGACUGGGCUAAGAUCGUCAAAGGAGAUCUUAGUUCAGAAAUCGGGAAGGUCGCCUCAACCGACCAUCCUGCUGGUUCUGCCACCUUGGAUCUGAGCUUAGAUGGGCACCGAAAGGAAAUAGAGGUUCGAUUACAGGAUAUCGAGCGCGUGUUUCGGGUCGGCGACACGGUUCGGGUCGUAGCAGGUCCGUACUUGGGUGUGGAAGGGCACAUCAUUGAGAUGGUAAAUGAUAUAUUUCGUUUAUGUCAAGAUGUCUCGAAGGAAGAGGUGGAAGUUUCAAAAUAUUAUCUAGACUGCCGUCAUCUGAGUCACAUGCUGCACGCACAGUUGCCAGCGCAGCAACUUUUUAAGCCCCCUCCCGAUAUUGAAUCCAUUCAAAUAGGGGAUUGCAUAGAAGUGCUUGUUGGGGAGCACAUGGGAAAGUGUGGCAUCUGGACGCACCUCCCCCACCUCCAGACAUUACAGUACACGAAAGACAAGGGUUAUGACGUCAAACCUGGAGAUGUUGUGAGAGUCGCCCGUGGGCUGGAGUAUCAGACGAAAGGGAUCGUGCGAAGCGUCAACUUUCCACAUGCUCGCUUGACCCUACUCUCUGACAUUGACCACUCACUCGUUGACGUUCCCAUCUCAUUUGUGAUAAAAGUAUGCAACGCCAACCUGGAUUCCUUCAAAAAGGAGAUCGGCCAAGAAGUAUUUAUCAUUGGGGGUGACUGUAAGGGCUACCGAGCUACGCUUUACAGUCUCGCCUCGGAAAACUGUACCGUUGCUGUGCAUGGGCAGCAGCGCACUACACUUCAACUCCAGAAUGUUGCUACCAGGUACGGAAUGAGGUUAAACAGUGCGAUGCUCGAAGGAAUAGACAUGUUGUCUUUCUGCGAGAUGCGGGGGAGAUCAUACUUAGCCCCAAAACUUCGAAGUGUCACCCCUCCACCUAAAAAGGUUCCCUCUACCUCAUCGGUUGCUGUCGCAGAUCCUGGCGCGUCGUCAUCGUGGACCACCUGGACUGCCCGUCCCGAGGAUCAGGCCGGUAAUCCUUUGCCCAGUGUCAAUCCCACCUGUUUGGCUGCCAAACCCGACGCCUGGACUGUCGAUGCCGAUGAUGUACUGGAUAGCUUUGAUUCUCGAACGGAAAAACUCAAAGAGGGUCCGUUAGCUUGGCUGAUGAAGAAAGAAUUUUCCUCAAAGUUCACCACACAUCACGUGAUGUUGAAAGUCUCACCCUCCUUCAUGGGGGGCAGGCUACACAAUCGAUUCAUGUCAAUGGCUUGUCCCGAUCCAUUUCUCGGUCUGAAUGGACCCACCCCCGAGGGUUGUGUUGCAGUGUUCUGUUCAUCCAACGGUGCAGGCGCCGCGAUUCAGCAUUACCAUAUACCUGUCACAGAUCUGAGCCCAGCUCCUCCUCGCAAAAAAAACCAACUGUGCAUUGUUCUGGAUGGGAGUCACCACGGCUCCAUCUCCACUAUAGUUAAGUGUAACCUUAAGAAGAACACUGUGGAUAUUGCAGUUGCUCCUUCAACUUUCAUUAAUUUACGCUUCGAUCAGAUCUGUCUUAUAGAGAAGUCACGCGCAACUAUGUGA